GCUCUGUCAUUGAAAACAUGGCUGCCUCCAUGGGUGCCGCUGGAGCCGCUGCCUCUGACUUACAAGAUCCAGCUUCGGCUGGUCCGGGUAUGGACAGCCCGCCGAUUCAGUACAGCAUGAUCCUGGAGCAUCUCAUCGGGGACAAGAGGGCCGUGAAAGAGUUGAGCCCCGGCAUCAUCGGGGGGCUGCCGAUGCCUUUCAAAAGCGACGAGCAGAAGAUGAUCGAGAGGGGAAUGGAGAGCUGCACAUUCAAGGCUGUCCUGGCCUGUGUUGGAGGUUUUGUCCUCGGUGGAGCUUUUGGUGUUUUUACUGCUGGCAUCGAUACCAAUGUUGGUUUUGACCCCAAAGACCCUCUGAAAACUCCAACAGCACGAGAAGUCCUCAAAGACAUGGGACAGAGAGGGAUGUCGUACGCAAAGAACUUUGCCAUCGUUGGUGCCAUGUUCUCCUGCACAGAGUGCAUCAUAGAAUCACACAGAGGAGUCUCUGACUGGAAGAACGCAGUGUACAGCGGCUGUGUAACCGGAGGAGCCAUUGGAUUCCGUGCUGGUCUGAAGGCCGGGGUGCUGGGAUGCGGAGGCUUCGCUGCAUUCUCCGCUGCCAUUGAAUAUUAUUUACGGUGAAUCACUCAACAGUGUACAGACUUAAAUGAUGCGAGUGUGGACGAGCCCUGAGAGGAAUCCAACUGGUGAAUAUUUACCCUCACUUGGAGGACAGCUGAGAAAGCAGAAGUAAUGUAUUUUUGGGGAAGUGAGGGUUCCUGUUCCUGUGCACAAUGGGCUGAAACAUCCCUGUGUUACUACAGACACAUCAGCUACACCCUCUGGACAGUGAGCAGAGUGGAUCUGCCUAUAUGUGGAAGAUAUAAUGAAAAUGUUGAACAUAUUUCCUCUUCACUCUGAGUCAGGACCACCUUGAUUCAGACUCAUUAAACUUAAUUAAUGUGAUGUGUGUUCUGUGUAACUAACCCAGAUCCAGAUUAUUUAUAUUAAACAUGUUUUUGUUAACUUGA